AUGACUAGAACAGUACUGAUUUUCCUGGGUUUUUUGUUGGAUAUUCAACUGCCAAAGGAAGAUGAGAUUGCAGUUCCUGUGACUUCCAGCUCCCCAGUUAAGAACACUGGAGACAAUACUGAUCAUGCCAUUGAACAGGAAGAGAAGAUGAAAGAGGAACAUUUAACCAUCUCAGAACUGGUAUACAAUCCCAGUGCCAGCUUGCUGCCCACCCCAGUUGAUGACGAGAUUGACAUGCUCUUUGAUACAUGUCCAAGAGCAGAGAAUGAGAAAGAUGAUACAGAUUCAUUUGAGGAACUGGAAGCAGAUGAAAAUGCUUUUAUGAUUGCAGAAGAAGAAGAGCUGAAAGAAGCUCGAAGAGCGCUUAGUUGGAGCUAUGACUUUCUAGUGGGCAACAUAGAGGUGAAUGCUUUUGUGAAGAGUUUCUCCAGACUUCUCCUUGUAGGCCUUGGACUGUUGUUGCUUGUGUUUCCUCUUCUCCUUGUUCUCUUGGAGUCAGACCUUCAGAUCUCUUUUCUCCACGAAAUCCGUCAGACACCAGAGUUUCAGCAAUUUCAUAUUGAAUAUUACUGCCCACUUAGGCAGUGGGUGGCUUGCAAAAUAAACUUCAUUUGUGAUAUGCUGGGCAGCUUUUAAAUUUUUAAGAAAUAAUCAUACUACUAAGGGCUAUAUUCAAAAUUUCAGUUUGUGACAGCUUUCCAUAACACCCCUGGGGCCAUCAGUAGGUAGCUGUCUUCGUAUUCAUUUACUAUCACACUUUUUAGGAUCUUAAGUUUCCAUUGCCCACUUAAAUUGCUCCUUUAGUUACAGGCUUAUACAUUCACCUUUCAGUAACUUAAAAGAACCUUUUGAUUGCAUUCAUUUUUUCUGCUCACUUAUUACAUCAUACAAGAUGGAGUAAUUAUAAGUUAAUAUCACCCUUAAUUGUAGAAUCCAUUACAUUAAAUAUAAUGAAACUGAAAGAAAAACCUUUUUGAAUAUACUCCUUAGUGCAGCAAUCUCUUCUAACCAAUGCCUAUGCCUAUACAAGCAAUGUUUAUGCUGGGUUUUUGGUUUUGAUUUUUUUUUUUUUUUUUUUCUGUUUGUUUUUUUACAAUUUUAUGUGUUUAAAAUAUUUUGGUAAAUUUUUAGCAAAAGAUAACUUCUGAUGUUAUUUAAAUGUACAGAUUAGUAAGAGUAAUGCACAAGAACAUGAAGUUUAUUUUUAAUGUUUUAGCAAUGAUUUGUUUUUGAACUACGGCUGGAGAAUGAAUGAGAUUGAAAUAGCUCUAUAGGAGAGACAGCAGUUUGGGAAACACAUAGAAAGUUCACUCAGGUUCAGUAGGGGCUGCCUGGGGGAGAUUAAACGAUGCCAAGUUUUCAGAAGAAUUUCUGAAAGGCAUCGUUGUAAAGCUUAGGAGGAGAGCAGAAUUGAAAAUAAUGAUCCUUCCUGUUAUGUCAGUUUGUCUUACGAUUUAUCAGUGCUUUAGAAAGUCUCUAUAUGAUAGUCCAAGUAUGUUUUGGAAGAGAGUGAGUCUUCAGUCUAAAUGUAGAUUAUUGUACAUAACAUGGAAGAAGACAAUAGUAAGUAGGGGAAAAAAGAAAAAAAAAAAAAGAAAAACAGCCAAAACCCUACCUAAAUCAGUAGAUGUGUGACCUACUUUUAAAAAUGAUAGAGAAGAAACAUAUAUGCAUUUUUAAAAGCAAAGCUUUAGACUGUACAGUUGACCUGAAAGUAUUCUACUGACUCACAGUUAAAGGAUUAAAUGCUUUAUGAGAUGCAACUUUAUCCUUGAUGCCCUCUAUUACUAAUCUCUGAGACAACAUAUUUUCUGUGUGUACUGAUAUGCUUCCUUUUACAUAUAGCAGCAUACCUACCCUCUUUCCCUAUUAGUAUAAGCCCAGUUGCAGGACUUAAUGCUGUUUCAUGUAAGAUGAAUUUGUAUAUCUAGUUAUUCCAGUAUUGCUUAGAGAACAUACUUCAGUAAAAUCUUGUCAAUCACUGAGAGCAUCUGAAGGCCCUCAGAUGUAGCAGAGAGGUUCUAUCUAAGAAGAGAAAGCUUUUACUGUUUUUAUUUCCCCUGAUUGCAGAGCAGAUGUAUUUCAUCUUUAAAGUUGAGGGAACUCUGAUUUCAACCUCAGAGUCUUUCUCUUGCUUAGAGAUUUACAAACAGAAGGCAUACGUGAGACUGUUUUAUUAAGAUAUACAUUUUAAUAUAUUGCAAUCACAGCUCUUAAUUCCUACCAAAUAAACUCCUGUAUUUUUGAUGUCAGAGAAUUGGCUUGGCUUUCUCAUGUAAGCCUUUACAAGUGUCUAGUUUGAAAGUGGCGAUUUCCUUCCAAAAUUUCUCCUUUCCUUUCUAAACUUCUCCAGUUUUUAAAGGAUUAGACAGUUACAGGAUUCAGGAAUUCCUUUUCUCAGUGGAAAGCUUUCUGACUGCUAUUAAUUUCUCAAGCAACAAAGGCUAAAGUGAACUGCCUUUUUCUCUUGAUUUCUUCCCUGACAAUCUGUUCCACAGAAGAAUCAUUAUUGAUUAGUUACGUGAUAAGGAUUUCAUCCUGUGCUAUUGUAGCUAAAUGAUCCUUUCCUAUGAGGUAUAAUAAUCAUUCAGCCUAGUAGAAAUGGAGAGUAAACUAAAGUAGAUAUUGGGUCUUAGCAGGAAAUAAUUUAUUGAUGCUGUUUUGAAAAAACGGUGUCAGAAAAGGUGUUGUGUGUGGUAAAAACUGUGAAAGCUGGUGUCCUGCUGGGCUACAGAGACAAGAUUCCAUGCAGGCUCCUGUUUAAGUCUGACAAUUGCAUUUAAACAAAAAAUAAAUAAAAUCUUAUGCUCUAAAAUAUAAUCUUGUCCCUGUAAACUAUAGCACACAACAAGUGGGAGUAUUGUUUUGCUUGAUUUAACUCUAUCAGAAAAUGAUCGAGUUGCAUGAGAAAGUAAUCUCAGAGAAUGUGCAGUGUAGUGAGGUCUUAUGUAGGGUUAAACGCGAAAGUAUACAGGCACAUGUACUGACCUUUGCCACCUCUGUGCAUACAUCCAGCCCUGGCCUUCUAAAAAUCUUCCUUUUCUUUCUAUUAUUCUCUAGACCAUCAGCAUAACUCAAAUGAAAGUCACAAGAGUCUUCUAACGUUAAAGGCCAGGAACACCUAAUGUGCUCAGAAGCAUAUAGUGGGGAUACUCAGACAGAGUAGCAGUAUAGUAUUUAGUUGGUGAGGAUGACAGUUGGAUCACAGAGUAUCUAUAGGUACGGUAUUGUGCAUUUCUGUCUGUGCUUGGGUUAUAUUGUAAAAUGUUAUGUACUUGAAAUCUAUUUUGUGGUUUGUCUAACAUUUAUAAACACAACUCUGGGAAGAAUUAAAUAUGGUUUUAUUUCAUUGGAGACUGGGGGGAUAAUAUAUCUGUAACUCGAGCCUUAUCUUUGUACAGUGAAUUUCACAUUUCUAUGUCAACAUCCUGAUUGUUUUGUAUGUUGAUAUGAUGGCAGGAAUCCCUAAUAAAAAUACA